CAUGCGCCUUGCGCCCCGGAAGCGGCCCGCGCCCCGACCCCGGCGGCCUAGGUGGGCGGCGCGGCGGUCGGGGCCGCGGGGCCGACAUGGCUGCUGCGGGAGGCGGCGACUGCGAGGACCCCGCGCCGGAGCCCGAGCGUCCCCACCCACGUCCCUUCCUGAUCGGGGUGAGCGGCGGCACCGCGAGCGGGAAGACCACGGUGUGUGAGAAGAUCAUGGAAUUGCUGGGCCAGAACGAAGUGGACCACCGGCAGCGCAAGCUGGUCAUCCUGAGCCAGGACCGCUUCUACAAGGUGCUGACCGCCGAGCAGAAGGCCAAGGCCCUGAAGGGCCAGUACAACUUCGACCACCCAGAUGCUUUUGAUAACGAUUUGAUGCAAAGCACUCUGAAACACAUCGUGGAGGGCAGAACCGUUGAAGUCCCAACCUACGAUUUUGUGACCCACUCAAGGUUGCCAGAGACCACAGUGGUGUACCCCGCGGAUGUGGUGCUGUUUGAGGGUAUCCUGGUGUUCUACAGCCAGGACAUCCGGGACAUGUUCCACCUGCGCCUCUUCGUGGACACGGACUCUGACGUCAGGCUGUCUCGGAGGGUUCUGCGGGAUGUGCAUCGCGGGCGGGACCUGGAGCAGAUCCUGACCCAGUACACCACUUUUGUGAAGCCGGCCUUUGAGGAGUUCUGCCUGCCGACCAAGAAAUAUGCUGAUGUGAUCAUCCCUCGCGGGGUUGACAACAUGGUCGCCAUCAACCUGAUAGUGCAGCACAUCCAGGACAUUCUCAACGGCGACCUCUGCAAACGCCACCGAGGUGGCGCCAAUGGGCGCAGCCACAAGAGGACCUUUCCUGAGCCCGGGGGCCACCCCGGGGCGCUAGCUGCCGGCAAACGGUCACACCUGGAGUCUAGCAGUAGGCCCCACUGAACGCCUCCGGGGAUUGGGCCUGGGGCUGCUCCUGGAGGCCUUGGGACCCAAGUGUCCUGGUGAGGAGGAGGCAGUCUGGGUUGCCAAGGCAGGAGGAGGUCAGCUUCGCUGGGUCCCUGGAGGCCCUGGGGUGCACAGGGAAAGCCCAGGGUGCCCACUUUUGGAAGGAGUGCAUCUGGUAUAGGGGAAAGCAGACAUGGCCAAUUCAUGGCAAGGUCAGGUUCCCAGCUGCGCCUCUACUGGUGACCAGGACAUUCGCCUUCGUUGCUAUGCAGCACAAGGCCAGCCUCGACCUGGAGGCCUCAUCCCCGGGCGGGUACUGGGCCAUGGUUCGGGGCCCUGGGAGGCAGGGAAGUGGCCGAGCCUGGUGAGCUGGCCCCAGCCCAGGUACCAGCGGAGGUUUCUGCCCAGGAGCCUCCCACGGUCCCUGCCUGCAUCGUGCGAGUUAGCCGUCCAGCCAUCCCUCCCUGUGGGGGCCCUGUUGCAAGUGCUGUUUGCUGCCAGCACUGCUGUGGUGGACACGUGUGGCUCCUCACCAUGGUUGCGUAGCCACGUGUCCUGACUUGGUGGUGCGGUGGAGUCUGUGUCUCAAUCAAUAAACAGCUCCAGGCAGCAAA